GGAUGAAGCAAACAGGAUUAAUAACAAAGGUCGUGAAUAUAAACGUCUUUUUAAAAUAUAUUUAAGACUGGAAACCUUAUAUGGUAACGUUCCUAUGCAACAAAUGUUUGCACCCUCCAAAUUACGAACCACAC